AUGCGUGACAAACAGGGCAAGGAACUCAAACUCGACCCCGAAGCAUACAAUAACAUGCAAGUCAACCGGCCCCUGCCGUUCAAGGCACGCUUCAUCCCCCGCUCGGAGAAGAUUGCGAAGAUCAUCAAGGACGACGCCGCUGCUGCGACCGAGUUUCUCAAAAAGUACGAUGGCGAGACAAAAGUCACCAAGGAGAAUGCACAGUCGGUUGUGCUUGAGGCGGUCACGCCGGCGAUUGAGAAGGCGUAA